AUUUGUGGGUGGCGGCGGUUAAUUUGCGCUUGAUUUAAGCAGAUCCAAAUUUUAAAACGCACAAAAACCCCUUCAGUGUCUCUCCAUCUACCAGUUCGAGUGUAAUAGCCACUAAAAACCAUCAAAAUGAUGUCCGAAUACUGGAUUAUCUCGGCGCCAGGCGAGAAAACCUGCGCCCAGACAUUCGACACGAUGAACAACCUGACCAGCAAGCAGCACAACCUCUGCAAUAACUACAAGUUCCAUAUACCCGACCUGAAGGUGGGAACGUUGGACCAGCUGGUCGGCCUGUCCGAUGAUCUGGGAAAGCUGGACUCGUAUGUGGAGCAGAUCACCCGCAAGGUGGCCGUCUAUCUGGGCGAGGUGCUAGAGGAUCAGCGCGACAAGCUGCACGAGAAUCUGCAGGCCAACAACACCGAGCUGCCGCAGUAUUUGACCCGAUUCCAAUGGGACAUGGCCAAGUACCCGAUCAAGCAGUCGCUGCGCAACAUUGCCGAUAUCAUUUCCAAGCAGAUCGGCCAAAUCGAUGGCGACCUGAAGACCAAGUCCCAGGCCUACAACAACCUCAAGGGAAAUCUGCAAAACCUGGAAAAGAAGAAGACUGGCAGCUUGCUGACCAGGAACUUGGCAGAUUUGGUCAAGAAGGAGCACUUCAUUCUGGAUUCGGAAUACCUGACCACUCUGCUGGUCAUUGUGCCCAAAAUCCUGACCAAUGACUGGCAUGCCAAUUACGAGAAGAUCACGGACAUGAUCGUGCCACGCUCAACGCAGCUCAUCCAGGAAGACAGCGACUACUGCCUCUUCAAUGUGACGCUCUUCAAGAAGGUCACCGAGGAGUUCAAGCUGCAUGCCCGCGAGCGCAAGUUCAUUGUGCGUGACUUUGUCUACAAUGAAGAGGAGCUUGCCGCCGGCAAGAACGAGAUGACCAAGCUGAUGACGGACAAGAAGAAGCAGUUUGGACCCCUUGUACGUUGGUUGAAGGUGAACUUCAGCGAGGCAUUCUGUGCCCUCAUUCACGUGAAAGCGCUGCGCGUCUUUGUGGAGUCUGUGCUGAGAUACGGGCUGCCUGUCAACUUCCAGGCCAUACUGAUCGAGCCCAACAAGAAGAGCGUGAAGCGUUUGCGUGAUGUGCUCAACCAGCUGUACGGACAUCUGGAUGGUGCCUCGGCUGGCGGCCAAGCCAGCAGUGCUGAUAAUGUGGAUAUACCCGGCCUGGGCUUUGGCCAAUCCGAAUACUAUCCCUAUGUGUUCUACAAGGUCAAUAUCGAUAUGGUGGAGCAAAGCAAGGCUUAGGAUGUGCCGCCUGCUACACCCAUCCCAUUCAGCCAGCCCACAAAAUACAUAAUACACACACACAACCAAGCAAAUAUACCACUAAUGAAAUCCAUCGGCUGAACCAAGCAUUCGCAGUUGCUUUGGCAAAAUUAUACAGAACUACAAGCAGAAUUGAAAUGAAAUGAAAAGAAAGAAAAUAGUUAAAUUUAAAUAAUUUUAGUCAUUGUUAUAUAAUUAUUGUUGUUAUUUAUGUUUGCGCGUUGUCAGAAUUCUGUUUCAAAUUCACUUCCGGCUAGAGAAAUCACAAGACGCGUCAGCAAUCAAACAAAACUAAGCAAAACGAACGUUUCCAGUCAUCCCAGAUCUUGUAGGAGCCUCUUUUUGUAUCACCGUGUCCCUCCUGUACAUCUUCAGUUUGAAAGAAAACCAGUAUUUUAUGUUGUUCUAAUGCCUUACCAUAUUGAUGAAUGAAUUGAAUGUUUAACACGUAGCUAAGGCCCAGGAGUUCCCGUCUCCCUUUUUUGUGUUUGGCAGCAACCCAAUAAACAUUUGAGUUAUAUUUUGUUUUAAAA